ACAGGAAACAUUUGACUCGUCAUGUGCCCUCAAGGAUCUUCUUCCCGACGUGAUAUAUGGCACACGAUAUGCGAACGAAUGAAUUAACUCGUGCAUGAUAUGAUUUUUGUCUUUUCACUAGAAGAAUUGUUUUCUUAUAGUGUCCAAACAACACAGUAGGUGCUAUGAAACAGUGAUAUCUCAGUCAUAAUUAUGAUGGAAGGUUGCAGAAAAGUCAGCAGUUAUUUUUGUGCGAUCCGUUGUGGAAUUUGGUACAAUUAAUGAAUUAUUAUAUGUGAUGAUUUCUUUUUUGUGCUUCCGCACCAAAGCUUGAGCGGGCAUGCAACAAACACAUUUUUUCCAUACCAUAAUACAUUAGCGAAUGAAAAUUGGAAAAGGGAGAAAGUUGGUGAUUUAAAUUUUGUGAAAUGAUCUCACUGCAAGUGUCAUCGGUAAAUCUCUUUUGUUAAGGAUCCCAUACUGCGCAGCAGUACUCUACCAGAAGACUGACAAGCAUACUGUGGGCAGUCUCUUUAAUAGAUAUGAUGCAUCUUUGGUCGGAGGAUGAGUAAUGGAAACUGAUGAUUGUAGAGCCAAAAGAAUGCGUGGAAGAGCUCGAGGACGUGGUAGGGGGAGGGGAAGGGGAAGGGGCAGAGGACGUGGGAAGAAGGCAAUAAAGGUAAUUGAAAGUGAUGAGGAAGAAACUCCUCUUCAGGCACCAGAAGAAGUGACAGAAGGAAAUGAAGAAAACCUGCAGCCUCCAAAAAUUGAUCUUGAGGCUGACAUUUCACAGCUUGAGGCACCAACAUUCACAACUAUCAACCGAGGUCCUCCGGAACCUAUGUUACGACUUCGAUGGGACCAUCGUGUUAGCCUUAUGGGUGAAAAGGUUCUCAAUCCCAUGAUUCACUGUUGUGAUAAAUGUUUGAAGCCAAUUCUGAUUUAUGGCAGAAUGAUACCAUGCAAGCAUGUUUUCUGCCUAUCCUGUGCAAAGCGCGAGGACAAAGUCUGUCCACGUUGUAUGGAAAAAGUAACCAGAGUUGAGCAGACGGGUCUGGGAACUGUUUUUAUGUGCACACAUGGUGGUACGCGUUAUGGAAACACGGGUUGCAGAAGAACAUAUCUUUCACAACGUGAUCUACAGGCACACAUAAAUCACAGGCACAUAGCAGUGUCUGUCCAGGACCCACCACAGUUUCCUCUUGUUGUAACAACUGGUAGCAAUAAUAAACCAGAACCGUUACCUACAACAGCUGCUCCCCCACCUCGCAUGAAGCACGAUCCCCGUUUACAGCGCUCACCUCCACCUCCUCCACCACCACCCUUUGCUCCCCCACCAUCUCACAGGCCACCCAUAAUGUUUACUUCCAACCCACCCCCCACAAUGCGUACUAAUCUCAUCACAGUACCAAUACAAGACUCGACUGCUCCACCACCUGUUAUUGUUGAUCCCCCACCUUCAGCACCUUACCACCAUUACACACAAGCACCACCACCGCAAUAUACACCAUAUUCCGUUCCUCCUCCACAACCCAGUUAUUACCAAGCACCACCAGGCUACCAAGCAGCACCUGUGGCACAGUAUGGUGGACAAGGUGCUGUUCCUCAAGGUACUGCUGCUGUUGCGGCAGCAGCUGCAGCUGCUGCAGCAGCUGCUGUGAGAGCUCCUCAGUACCAAGAACAACAAGUAGUUCAACCAUAUGGAGCCCCACCACCUCAGCAAUGGCAGCAUCCACCUAGCAAUCCAGCCUUUUACAGAUGAAGACUGUGGAUUUUCUUUCACUGAUUUUGAAAAAGAA